AUGGGCGUCAGUGUUAUUCCAACAUUCGCCCCUUACAUCCAGACACCAGAAGUACGCGUCAAGCAACAACCACUUCAGACAACCCGAACCAACACGGCCGCGAAUGGCUACGUCCUCGGACCGUUCGACACCACAGAGAUCCCCUCCGUAACUGUCGGGAUCGAACCCACGCCUUUCGGUGGCUCGGGAUUAACCCGGCCCCAGGCGGAACUGCCCGUCCUCAGCAUGGUGCACCUUAAGGAGGUUCCCGAACUCCGCAUGUCCGACCACGAUCGCUGGCCACCCCUUUCGGAGCCGCCUACGCUGGUGAACGAGGACAACCUCACGACGGCCACUAUCAAUACCGCCAGCCCAAAGGGGCCAGUCCUCGGCCAAAGCCGCCGAAGUUCUUCCAACCGCGUGCCACUUCCCCUGGCUUAG